AUGCCACCUCUAUUUCUACCUCCACACAAACACACACACUCUCUCUCACUCUCUCUCUCUCUCUCUCUCUCUCUCUCUAUCUAUCUAUCUAUCUGUCUGUCUGUCUGUCUAUCUAUCUAUCUAUUUUCUUUUCUCUCUUUCAUCCUUUUCCUUCUCCUUCUUUUGUUUUUCUCUUUAUUACUUUUCUUUCUUAAUCUUUUCUUUUUUCUCUUUCUUCCUUUUCAUUCUUCUUCUUGUUUUUCUCUUUAUUUAUUUUCCAUCUCCAUCUUUUUUUUCUUCUUUCCUUUUAAUUUAUCUUAUUUUGUUCUUUCUCGUUACUAUUUUUCCUUCUCUGUCUUUUCAUUUUUCUCUUUCUUCUUUUUCCUUCUCCUUCUUUUCUUUUUCUCUUUAUUACUUUUAUUCCUCUAUCUUUUCUUUUUUUUUUCACUUUCUUUCUUUCCAUCUUCUGCUUUUGUUUCUCUCUUUAUUAAUUUUUAUUCUCCAUCAUUUUUCUUUCUUCCUUGUACUGAAUCGUCUUUUGUUUUUGUUUUUUUCUCGUUAUUACUUUUCCUUCUCUGUUUUUUUCUUUUUUCUCUUUCUUCUUUUUCCUUCAACUUAUUUUCUCUUUGUUACUUUUUCUUCUCUAUCUUUUCUUUUUUCUCUUUCUUCCUUCUUCUUCUUUUGUUUUUUCUUCUUUCUUUUUUUUCUUUCUGA